ACACCUGAAGCCCCCACGUGGUAAGGAAUGGUCACCCACCUUAGACUCUCAAUUUUCUUUGAAGAACCCAAUGAAAGAUUUACUAUAGAAAAUUUCGAUUUCCUUCUGACAAAAGCUCUUCAAGACUUGCAUGGACAGGUUGGGGCUGCAAUAACGAUUAAUGUUAUAGAAUACAGUGUCAUUGCUUCUAACGAAUAUUCUGUUCUCAUUUCGUGUCCGAAAAAAAAUCUAAUGAAGGUGUGGAGCUCGCUGACACUCACCGGUACAUACCAGUCUAACAGAUGUGCUGUUAUUGUAAAAAAUGUGACCAUAACACCAUCAGAAACCUUAAAUGAUAUUGAAGUACAACAAUCAUGACAGCUUUCUUUAUUAUAAAAUGGCGGUUAGCAUUUUACAUAUGUACAAAAAAUAGCACAAAAUAAAUUAAUCUACAUAAUAUGUCUACAUCUACUUUUGC